CGGCCUCGGAGCCAGCGCUGCCGCCCUCCUCCUUGCCCAGCCCCCGCCCCAGGCGGGCGCGGGCAGGCCGGGGCGAGCGGCGGCGGAGAGCCGGGGCCUUCCCGCAGGUCUCUGCCCGGCCCGCUGAGGUUAUAUUAAGAGAAAAAUUUAAAAAGUGUUAAGGUACUGACAAAGUUUAGAAGAUAAUCCUGUGAAUGAAGAAAAGUGUUGGAACUGAAUUUAUAAAGAAUGGAAGGAUACAACGUGUUGAAAGUACUAGGAGAGGGAUCCUUUGGCAGAGCUCUCCUAGUUCAUCGUAGAAUCAAUGACCAAAAGUAUGUAAUGAAGGAAAUAAGACUUCCAGUGUCUUCAUCUGGUGUAGAGAAUUCUAGGAAGGAAGCUGUUCUUUUGGCUAAAAUGAAACAUCCAAAUAUUGUUGCCUUUAAAGAAUCAUUUGAAGCUGAUGGACAUCUGUAUAUAGUGAUGGAAUAUUGUGAUGAUGGAGAUCUAAUGCAAAAGAUUAAACACCAAGGAGGAAAUUUGUUCCCUGAAGACAUGAUCCUUCACUGGUUUGUGCAGAUGUGCCUGGCUGUGAAGCACAUCCAUGAUAAACGUGUGCUGCACAGGGAUAUAAAAUCCAAGAAUGUCUUCCUCACUCAAAGUGGAAAAGUCAAGUUGGGAGAUUUUGGAUCUGCACGCCUUCUUGCACAUCCAAUGUCAUACGCUUGCACCUAUGUGGGAACUCCCUAUUAUGUACCUCCAGAAAUAUGGGAAAGUCUGCCAUACAACAACAAAAGUGAUAUCUGGUCUCUCGGGUGUAUUUUGUAUGAGCUGUGCACUCUAAAACACCCGUUUCAAGCCAAGAGCUGGAAACAUCUCAUCCUUAAGAUAUGCAAAGGGUCCUAUGAUCCACUUCCAUCUCACUAUUCCUAUGAGCUUCAUUACUUAGUAAAACAGAUGUUUAAGAGAAAUCCCCAGAAUCGCCCAUCAGCCAGUACUAUUCUUGCAAGAGGCUGCCUAACCAAACUUGUGAAAAAUUGUUUGCCUUCUGAGAGUGCAGAUGAGUUUGAGCAGAUAUUAAAGGAAACCAAGAAACCUGAAGGCAAUGCAACAAGACAGAAGGGUAGUGUCAUGGCUGGGAGGAGCUCAAACCAUAAGACAGAAAAUAGACAAAAGAAAGAUGAAAGCAGCAAGCAUAGCCCCUUAGAAAAGAAAAAUGCUGAGGGUUUGAGUGAAGGCACAAGGAAACAAAGGAAGUCUUAUCAAGAAGGAAGUACUGAUCUGUCACACGCCCACAGAAGGCAAUGGGAAAAGAGGAUAUCCAGUACUGUGCUGGAUGUCCUGGAAAAUGCAUCCUUGCUUUCUUCCAGUUUUACAUCUGAAGAGACUGAAAGUGGUGGUGUUAGAAACUACAGUGAAAAUAAGCCACGGAGGCAGUGGAACAAGGAACCCCCUCAGACCCUGAUGGACAUGCUCAGCAAUGCAGAUGUCAGCUUAGCAUUUAAAACAUACACAAUUUAUACACCAGCUUCUGAAAACAUAUUGAGAGGUCCACUUUCUGAUGAAAGCAAAGUGUCUGAUGAAGUAGAUGGUGAACAUGAAGCUGUUGUCAUAGAUUCUGAGAGACUUGAACCUAGAUCUGAUGAAGAUGACACGGACUUUGAGGAAGAUGACCCAGACUGGGUGUCAGAGCUGCAAAUGGUAUUGAAACAGAGCAACUGAAAACCUGAAUUUACCUGCGAUGAGUGAAGUUAGGUGUGCUGGUAUCCAAGUUGAUUUUAAUAACUGGUUAUUCAUUAAAUAAUUUCCAUUAAAAAAAAAACUGAGUGGGCAUGUUUCCUGUAUCACAAAACCAAGGCUGGAAAAUGCACAGUAAACUUUUUUAGAAUAGAACACUUGCAGAUAGCUAAACAAGUCCAUGUAUUAAAUAUGUUUGGAGUUGGUAAAAGCUUUGCAGAAAUGUUCAGUCAAAUUAUAGCAUUGUUCAAAUUGUCCUCUUGCAAUAUUCCAAGGAGAUGGUGUCGCACUCUGAGAAGGUGUAAAGGUAUUUUUCCUGAGUACAUAAUGAAGUGCAGCAGUGUGGUGGAGGACUGAUGCUGAGUGGAUAUCAGGUGCCACCAAAGCCUCUCUGUCACUCCCCUUCUCAACUGAGCAGGGGAGAAAAAAUUUAAUGAAAGGCUCAUGGCUCAGGAUAAGCACAGGGAGAGAUCACUCACCAGUUACUGUCACAGGCAAAACGGAUUUGACUUGAGGAAAUGGAUUAUUACCAACCAAAUCAGAGCAGAGUAAUGAAACAUAAGCCCAAACCUUAGAACAAUUUUCUCCUACUUUCCCUUCUUCCUGGACUCAAUUUCACUUCACUGGUCAAGGCUGAGCCUGUCAGCAAUGGUGGUCUCUGGGAUAACAGAUCAGAGAAGCAGAGAGGGUGGGCAUGGAUGGGGACACAGUUGGGUGGGUCUGUCUUGGAGCUGGCUGGCAUUGGCUCUGUCCAACAUGGGAAGCUUCUGGCAGGUGCCACCCCUGUAGCUCCUCUCUGCUACCAAAACCCUGCCACACAAACUCAAUACAUGCGUAUAUAAAAAUCAUUUUUGAAGGGUAUAUAAUGGGAAACAUUUAGCUAUGAUAAAUAGUUGAUGCUUUAGUUUGUGCCAUUAUUAAUCCCCUGAAAAUUCUUUGAGACUGAACUUUUGCCUUGAUUCAAUGAAAGUUUUUUGUAUGCCACUGCUUUGUGGAAGGAAGCAAAUGUAUUCAUGAAUGAGGACAAAUUUUCUGACUUUGUUCGGAGACAUGCUCUUAGUGCAGAGAGUGCUAUGGGCAAUGUCAAGUUUGGGCUGUGUUCUGGUUACUGGGUAAUAAGCAGACACUUUACAGGAAAAAUGUGGCAAGGGAGAUGGGAAAAAUGCGUAUUUUAUGACUGGCUUUUUGCAAAUAUUAAAAUGAAUAUUAUAUGUAUUAUGUUAGAAAGUUAUGCUGUGUUAAUUGUUUUAGUAGUGUGUCAAAUAUAGAUUUAGGUUAUAACAAAAUGUUAAAAUAGAAACUAUGCAAGAUACUU